UCACGAGCAGAACGGAUGGUUUAAACCUUCGUUCAACCACAUCGGAUGAUCUUUAUUGGUUAUGUGUGCGAAAAAAUAAAUCGGACCGAUUUUUCCCAUCUUUGCGGGUCACCAUUUGUUCAUUUUCUCGCAAGUUUCCUCCUCCUCAGAUAUGUUCCCAGUGGCAGUAUGUCUCGCAAGUUUCCUAUUUUUCCAAAUCCAAGCAAUGCCAACAAUCAUAAACGCACACCCGCCAUCAGAAGAGCGAUUCAGCGACGAUUGGGACUACAAAAUCGGCCACGAUACCGUACCCGUCUUGCAGCGGCUUCAAAAAAACCACACACUUCCACCCGUGGCUAAUGAGACUGUAAGUAGGUAUAAGAGGGCUCGACUUUUGUGGGAGCUCGACCAGGAAAAAUCCACACAUUUACCGCAGUUCGUCGACCAAGCCUUGAAACUGUUGAAUUUGAAACAAGUCGCUUUCGAAAUUGAGAACUCGGUGAUGUCGAAAGUGUCGUGCACAGCAUGCAAAGCAGGCGCCGGCUUAUUGCAACACUACAUCAAAACGGGCAAAUCCGAGAAGGAAAUCAAAAAAACAAUCUACCAGUUUUGCGUCAAUCUCAAGAUCCAAACAGCUCGAGUCUGCGAAGGCAUCACUGAGCUUUUCGCAGGGGAGGUGAUCUACGUUUUGGGGAAAGUCACCAUCGGGCCUGAUGAAGUUUGCAGUUUUGUGAUCGGAGACGCUUGUGGGGACGUUUAUAACCCGUUGCACGAAUGGGAAGUUAUGUUUCCUCCGGUCCCAAAACCGGCAAUAGUCGAGCAAAAAAUUCCAGAAAUGAAUGCGCCAACUUUCAAAGUCUUGCAUUUGUCGGACACCCAUUACGACCCAUAUUACCAUGAAGGGAGCAAUGCCGAUUGUAGUGAACCGCUGUGUUGCCGCUUGACCAAUGGGUUGGCCAGUACCAAGGAACAAGCAGCCGGGAAAUGGGGGGAUUACCGCAAGUGCGACACCCCGAAAAUCACCGUCGACAACAUGCUCCAGCACAUCCAGGAGACCCAUCCCGACAUCGAUUACAUCCUCUGGACCGGCGAUUUGCCCCCACACGACAUCUGGAACCAAACACGCGAAGAAAACUUGAAAAUACUCAAAGAGACGGUCAAGCAAAUGUCUGAUAUGUUUCCAGGAGCCCCCAUAUUCCCGGCUUUGGGCAACCACGAAUCAGCUCCAGUUAACAGUUUCCCACCACCGUUUGUCGACAAUCCUGACAACUCAAUUUCGUGGUUGUACGACGAAUUGGACGUCCAGUGGCGCAAAUGGUUGCCGACUUCAGUGAGUACGACGGUGCGAAGAGGGGCGUUUUACUCGGUUUUGGUCAGGCCUGGAUUCAGAUUAAUUUCCCUCAACACGAAUUAUUGCAAUAACAAGAACUGGUGGUUGUUGUUGAACAGCACAGAUCCCGCCACCGAGCUCCAGUGGUUCAUUUAUGAGCUGCAAUCGGCGGAAUUUAACAACGAGAAGGUCCACGUGAUCGGUCACAUUCCUCCGGGUCAUUCGGAUUGCUUGAAAGUGUGGUCGCGUAAUUAUUACGCGAUUGUUAACAGAUAUGAGGCCACAAUCACCGCUCAGUUCUUCGGACAUACGCAUUUUGACGAAUUUGAGGUUUUCUACGACCACAAGGAUUUAACUAGAUCAAAUAAUGUGGCUUAUGUUGGGCCUUCCGUUUCACCUUACUACGACUUAAACCCGGGUUAUAGGAUUUACUACGUGGAUGGUGAUCACGACAAGUCUACAAGAUCUGUGAUUGAUCACGAAUCAUGGACUAUGAAUCUACGCGAGGCCAAUUUGUACGGUUAUCCAAUUUGGUUUAAAUUAUACUCAGCCAGGCAAGCCUUUGGUAUGGAUGCUCUUCGACCUAGUGAUUGGGACUCUUUGAUUGAAAAAAUGACAAAUGACCCGAAACUGUUCGAAUUGUUUUACAAAUAUUACUACAAGGCGAGUCCCGUGAGGCCCACGUGCGACAUGUCAUGCAAGAAAAAAAUUCUCUGUGAUCUACAUUCGGGCAGGUCACACGACAGGAAAAAUCUCUGUCAGUCGAUCGAAUCUCGGAUAGAUUCAUCAACCAACACCACGUGGAGGGAGUGGUUUUACAACACAAUUUCAGUGUCAGUGGUGUAGGGACAACUUCAUCUUCGAUGACUUUUCGGAGGAUGUCCGUCUUGUGGUCCAUUCCACGGCUCACAAUUCAGCUACCUAAGUAUGUUUUGGGUCUCGGGUAACACCUACCAGUCGUUUCGGAAGUUUAUUAGAUUAGUUUUCAUUAUUUAUAAAAGCUACUACACUUUCCAAUCUCAUUUUUCUCUAAUCAAGGCUGUGUAUUUUUGAUGAAAUCAAAAAAUACCGACAAACUUAUUUAUAGUAAUAGUGUAAUCAAUUUACCAUAAUUUACUAAUUUAGUUAAUUUAUUUAUUUGACGGCAUGAUUUUAAGAUGCAACUUUUUGGUUUGGAUUUAAAGUUACGUCUUUUAAUGAUGCUUCCGAACGUGGUAGGUGAAUAGGUUUUACAAUUGUAUUUAGUGAUGUACAAAAUGAAACUGUUAUUAUUUUUCCAAUAAAACAAAUUUAACCAGCC